AUGCCAGGUUCGGUUCAGGGUUCAGAUGUAGAUGACCAUGACCCGGACUCUGCUGAAGCUCUUUUUUUGCCCCCGAGCAAACCUGUCCCCCUCCACUUACCUGACCCCAGCCGCCGCUCACCGACUGCUGAUCUGGAAGAGGUUGUGCUGGAUGCCGGUUGUGCGGGAGGAAGACUGGGUGGUGUCGGCAGGCCCAACCUAGACAGAGCUGUGAAGGAAUGUGCACUGCCCAGUGAGGUUGGAGAAGAAAUAACAGCAUCUUCUUCAUCUCAGUGUCAUCACACGCUGCUGGAGAUGUCAUCUGGUUUCACAGAGCAGAAAACAAAAACUGAGAAUCAUGAACACGCACCGAAUGAAAGCGAUGGAGUUGUGCCUUUCCAUCUGAAUGAGAUCUUUAAUUAAGACACCGUCGUGCUGGCUCGCAAAUAUUCCAUCCAUGAACAGAUCGGCAGACCAUCUUGAGACGUAAUCGCUCAUGGCGAGACUUACAUCUAACAGCUCUGGUUUACAGAGCAAAAUCCUUGUCAAGGGGGUCGGAUGUGUUUUUUAUUUUGGCACUAAAUGAGGGGGAAGAAUUGGCUGUUUUAAGUGUGAUUAUUGUGGAUGUCAAUGUGUGAAGCACCAGUUUCUAGUAAAGUCUGGUCUGAUCAGUCUUGAGAGACUAUUUAGCUCAAUAAAGCCAAAUUAAUUACAUCUGAUCCAUUCGUAAGAGUUACACCUCAAUGCAAAAAGAUCAAUGGGACCGCUUUAUUUUGUCCAUUGGGGAUUGAUUGUAUUGUACAAAA